GCCGGCCGCCCGCGGCGGGCCCCGCGCCGCGCGCACCUGCCGUCCCCGCUGCGUCCGGGCGCCGGGAGCCUCCGCCGGGGGCGUGGCCGCCGUGAGGUCGGCGACAGGUGGGCCGGCGGGGCGGCUCCGCUUCUGCGCCCUCGGCCGGCGGGGCUCCGGGCGGCGCUGGGGCCGGGCAGCCCGGGCGCAGGGCCGUCGCGCGCCCAGGGCCCCGUGGGCAGCCCGCGGCGAGUCCCUGGGGAAGCCCGGAAGGUCCCGAGACCCGGGACAAGCCAGCCCUCGCCCCGGGAUGAGCUUCCCUGACCCGUAACAUGAAGGUCCGGACGGCGAGCUCCCCCGACGUGAGUGAUCUCCGGAGACCACACGCAGGAAGCUGCCGAGGGAAAGCACAGCUUUAAGUCCAUGGCCCAAAAUGCCUCUGCCACUGGAGACUCUCUUCUGUGAAGAAGACGACCAGACAGGAGGCUGGAAUGAGCAUGCCACUGCACCCAAUCUCUGCCAUUCCUUCUCAGGAUGCCGCCUGCUCUAAAGUCUGCAGAAGUAAGACCAAAGAGAAGGAGAGGGAAGAGCAGAAUGAGAAGACUUUGGGACAUCCCAUGAGUCAUUCAAGUAGCAUUUCUAAGGUCGGGGCUCCUCCGCCGGUGUCGGCUCCGGUGCACGCCUUCUCUCGCUCCUCCGUCACGCCUUCCAGCCAGGACAUCUGCAGUUCCAGGGCAGUGUGCUCUGCGUGCGGUCACCACCGCCCCAUGCAGGCCGCCGUUGUCCUGCAGGCGGCCCGGGGCCCGCGCGCCCUGGCGCCCGGGCUCACGGUGACCGUGCUGUGUGCGGACCCGCUGCCCGCGCCCGGGAAGCCCGCCCCGAGCAGCAGAGCCAGGCGGCCCCUCAGGUUCUCCAAGUCCCUCAACGACGUGGGCGAGAAGGCCCCGGACGCCGCGGAGAGCUUUGGCUACGUGGAGAGAACCUGCUCCGAAGGGAAACUGGUGCUCCCUCAAGAUCCGUGUCUCCGAACUAACAGGUUCCACCAUAGACAGAAAAGAACUCUGAAUCGCAAACCUCUGGGCCAUUCCAAACAUUCUUGCGUUUCAUCGCUCUAUGCGGCCCCGCCAGCUGCCUCCGAGGCGGAGGGCGGCAAGGGCGGCCUGCACGGCCCUCUGCUGGAGGAGCAGGCGGACGAUGAGGCGGUCUGCGGAAGCCGGCGGCUGCUCAGGUGCCUGCUCUCCCUGUCGCGCGGCUCGAGCUUCCAGGGGCUGGAGAGCGGGGCCCGGCCGCGCAGCGCCCAGUCCUCCAGCGGGCUGGCCGGCAGCGCCGGCUUCUGCUCCGACGACAUGGGCGACGACGACGUCUUCGAGGACAGCGCCUCCGCCAGGUCCAAGGGCAGGGCCCCGCGGGCGCCCCUCUGCUCCGCCGAGAAGGACAGCGACCUGGACGGCUCCUCUCCCCUCUCUGACAAAUGCCCCCCCGUCUCUCCUGUGUCCGCGUCAGGGGAGGCCUGCAGGAUCUGCCACUGCGAGGGCGACGACGAGAGCCCCCUGAUCACGCCCUGCCACUGCACGGGCAGCCUGCACUUCGUGCACCAGGCCUGCCUGCAGCAGUGGAUCAAGAGCUCCGACACGCGCUGCUGCGAGCUCUGCAAGUACGAGUUCAUCAUGGAGACCAGGCUGAAGCCGCUGAGAAAGUGGGAGAAGCUGCAGAUGACGGCCAGCGAGCGCAGGAAGAUCAUGUGCUCCGUGACGUUCCACGUCAUUGCCAUCACCUGCGUGGUCUGGUCCUUGUACGUGCUCAUCGACCGCACGACCGAGGAAAUCAGGCAGGGGCAGGCGACAGGCAUCCUGGAGUGGCCCUUCUGGACCAAGCUGGUGGUGGUGGCCAUCGGCUUCACCGGCGGCCUCCUCUUCAUGUAUGUUCAGUGCAAAGUGUAUGUGCAAUUGUGGAAGAGACUCAAGGCUUACAACAGAGUCAUCUAUGUGCAGAACUGCCCAGAAACAAGCAAAAAGAAUGUUUAUGAAAAGCCUGCCCUCUCGGAGCCCAGUUUGGGCCGUAAAGACGGGCGUGGAGUGUGCCCUUCCGACACCACCUCCAGCGGCACGGAGCCCGAGGACGCGGGAGUGGAGAUCGUCCCCGUCUGAGGGAGCGCGUUUCCUGCAGUCUGCCCGCCGGCGGCCGAGGGCAUGGUGCUGCCGGCACAGCCCGGCCGGCCCUGCUGUCCCUGCUCCUCGGCCUCCUGCCGAGCCUCCUGGCAGCCCCUCGCAGCAGGCCUGUGGGCGGCGGAGCGGACACCAGCGGAGCAGAAUGGGUGACAUGUCAGGCCUGAGGGAGGCAGGAGCAGGGUGGCGGCCCUGAGGGCUGGCAGCAGGCCCAGCGCGGAGUGUCGUCACGGAGGAGGACCCUCCUCCCGGGAGAGCCGGAGGUGCUCCCUCCCCGCUGCCUGCGUCCGCCCCAGCCGUGGCCGUGGUGCUCUGUGCGUGGUGGCCGGCGAGGCACUAAGCAAACAGCACUUUACAGAAAGAGCCUUUAUUUUAUGUUUCCAGUGAGAUGGACAUUUAAAAGAAUGUCUCCUUCAGAGACCUCUCCAUGACCCUGACGGCCACCUCAUGUCCCAACAGAUCUGAAACCCUUUCUGCCUUACGUGUCCUGAGAAACGUGACGCCUCUUCUGUGUCCAUUAAAGGGACUUGUGACCAUAAAGCAGGCAACAGGUCUGGCCUGUCUGUAGCAUUUCAGGGAAUGGAUGGUUCUAAUGGGACUUGAGCACAGGUCCUGAGGUUUCAGACCUGUGUUAAAAGUCUUGCAGACAUUUCCUUCUUUGUCAGCACUGAAAAGAAAGGGCUUGUGGGGUCUAAAUGAAAGGAAAAGUGAAUAAUUAAAAC